AUGACUACCCACCACAUGGAGACUCUGGGUCAUUUCAAGAUCACCGUCUGGGAGGAAGAAAACUUCCAGGGGAAGCGCUGCGAGUUUGUGAUGGAAUGUUCCAGCAUCAUGGAACGAGGCUUCCGCAAGAUCCGCUCUCUCAAGGUGGAAAGUGGCCCCUGGGUGGGAUUUGAGUAUCCUGAAUACCAAGGACAGCAGUUCAUCUUGGAGAAAGGGGACUACCCCCGUUGGGAGGCCUGGAGUGGAAACAGUGCUUACCGGACUGAACACCUGCUCUCUUUUCGAGCUAUCAAGUGUGCCAGCCACAGUGACAGCAAAGUGACCCUAUAUGAGGGCGAGAACUUCCAAGGACGCAAGUUUGAGCUCAGCGAUGACUACCCAUCCCUGCAGGCCAUGGGCUGGAGCACCAAGGAAGUGGGCUCCAUCAAGGUCAUCUCUGGAGCGUGGGUGGCAUACCAGUAUCCAGGCUACCGGGGCUACCAGUAUAUUCUGGAGCGGGACCGACAGAGUGGAGAAUACAGGAAAUACAGUGACUACAGCACCCAAGCCCACACCAACCAGAUCCAGUCCAUCCGCCGUGUCCAGCACUGA